GCGCUCAGUUGCUUGCUUCCCUCCACCAGCAAGCUCCGCAAGUCUUCUCUUCUCUGAUCAACUUGGUUCUCUACUCUUGGCUGCUUGUUGCCCACCCCGCUGUCAGGUCAGUUUGCUCCGCUCGGAAUGGCCUCCCCGUCGACGGAAGCCCCGCUGCCUCACCCGACCAUCCGGGACGUCAUGGGCCACGACGACGACGACGACUACUACGGCGACCACACCAUCGCAGAGGAGGAAGAAGGGGACGAGGAGGAAGAGGAGUGGGACAUGAGCAAGCGCAUGUCGCGCCUGUCCUUGGAGGGUUCCGACGGCGGCGACGCCGACGACGAGGCCGGGGUUGACGAGGAAGAGGACGACGAGUUCGAGGUGCCGGAACGGUCGGACGUCAACGCUGCCACCGCGUACCGCGCGUGGCCUCCGUACGAGGAUCCGCAGCAGGCCCCGUCAUCGGCGUCGCUCCCGGGCACGCCGGACCGCGGCGCGCAGGCGGCGGGGUGGCCCGGGGCGAGCGCCAAGGAGUACGCGAGCGAGACGGAGGCGCGGUGGCCGCCCGGCGCCGACGGGCGCGGCGGGAGGCGGCAGCGGCAGCACCAGCGCCGGUGGCAGCGGAUGGGGCGCGAGGCGUGGCUGGAGCGCGCGUGGCGCAUGCGGAAGCAGCGGCGGCAGCUGCAGGAGGAGGUGGUGCCCGUGGUGGUCCUCGGCGGCGGCGGCGACUCCCCGGCGAGCCGCGGCGGCGUGGCGAUGGACAUGGAGGAGGUCCGCGCGUGCCGCGACCUGGGCCUGGACCUCCCCUGCGACUGGACCGUGGAGAUCCCCUCCUACUACGCGCUCUCCGGCGUCGACACCGCCAGCAGCGGCGGCAACUCGCCGGCCUCCGCCGGCAGCUGGCGCAUCUCCAGCCCCGGGGACGAUCCCAAGGAUGUGAAGGCGCGGCUCAAGGUGUGGGCGCAGGUGGUGGCGCUCGCGUCCGCCUCUCGUCUCGGUUCUUGAGGCACCAAGAGCAAGCAACCAGCCCGCGGCGGCCGGCGGCGAUCAGCACGGGGGUGGAAAAUAAACUCACCAUGCGUACUACACAUCCGCAGUAACUUAGCCUUCGCUUCUCAUCAUCAUGUGGCUAGAAGAAAAAAGAACAAAAAAAAAGAGUGUCGUCUGUUGCCUUUGCUUCUGCCACAGCGUUUUUUUUUGUGUUCCACUGUAGAAAAUGCGUCGUAUCGUACGUGUGUUCGUGUGGUCAUGCAUAGCUAGGACUAGGACCUGUAGGAUCAGGUUUUCUUUCAAAAAAAAUGGAAAAGCAAAAUCAAACCGUAAACCAGCUGGAUUAGCAUGCAUAUGGUUGGUUUGUGACUUGUACAACAACAACAACAAAAAAAAAACAGAGAUUGUUGAGAGAGCU